GCCAUCGUUAAUCAGUAACACCUGUUAAAACAGGUCAAAAUGGCCUAUUGUUUCUGUCAUCUUUAUUGUUGAUAUUAAAAGUGCUGCUGCUGUUGUAAUAAAUUUAGCUUUCGACCUUUGUACUUGUGCUGUAAACAUACUGUGUCAACUACUGUAACAAUGUAUAAAAAUAUGAAUUUAAACUGUAUUGGGAACAGAUUCUUCUGAUCACAGGUGUCAUUGCACAGUCAAGGAGUUCUCUGCCCGAUUUAUCUCUAUAUUCAUAAUCCUUUUGUCUUCUAUAAAAUCAUUCAAAUACUCAUAUUUCCUUAGCACUUGAGCAUAACGUUCAGUCAGGUGAUCCCCCACACUUUAAUUGUUUGGUAAAUAAUUAACCUGCAUGAUGUUUUAUGACCCUAAAGUUUCAAGAAGAGGACUUUGAAUUCAAGGCUGUGACGUCAACACUGACGAGCAGAAACUAGAGUGUCUCUGUGUCUCUUUAUAAAUGUCUUUCACGCGUCCUGACCACUUGUUGUUCCAUUGAAAUUGUCUCAUUCAGAAUCCACCGUUUGCUGUGAAUGUUCAGAAAGAAACGCGUCAUUGCCUUCCAUGUACAACAUCCACACAUCAGGUACAUCAGGUGGGUGACGUGGGUCUCAUGUUUCAUCUGCUGGCGGGAACUGUCUGGUGUCCGCGUCAUGACAACUAGCCUUGCCUUUUCCAUAAUACCAAAGGUCAUCGUCAAGAGACUUUAUGGCCAUCAGUCCACAUUUCAGUCCAACCGGGAAGUUAACUCGUCUAUUUUUGUGGCUUCACCGGCGCUUGAGAGACACUGGGAUUCAGUUUUUACUGGAAUAUAUAUAAGGAUAAUGCCAUCCACUAAAAAGACUCUGUUUUUUCUGUCCAGUACUUUGGCUACUGCCCUAUCUAUUGGUGUGAUGGGGUUCAGCAUGUCAACAGUGUGGGCUGAGACGACCAUGGAGUGUUCAAGAGGGGAUGGCGUCUUCAAUGGCACUGGAAUCAUCACGUUCCAGCUUUUUGUUGGGAUUUUUGACCGAGAAUCAUGUCCUUUGUUUACAAAAGUAGAGGAAUUUGAAAUGAUUCCUCAGCUGACAGGAGUUGGAGUUACCUCAGUCACCCUGCACGCUUUGGUCAUAUUCCUGUUGGUCCUGUGUCUGCUGUUUUCUGCCAUCAGCAUCCUCAUCAGUGCCUACAACAGUGUCAGUAACCCCUAUGAGACCUACAUGGGUCCUAUUGGCGUUUAUGUCUGCAGCUCAGUCAGCGCGUGCCUCUCAGCUAUAGUCCUGAUCUUAUUUGUGCUGAACAUCAAACUGCACAAGAUAGCGGACGUUGUGGUGGAGAACUUGAACGUGAACGAUGCACCGGUUGACCUGAGGGAUAUCUCUUCUAAGAUGCUGAUGGGAUACUACCUGAUCAUCCCAUACACUGUGCUCUCUCUCGCUGCCAUUGGCACGAUAUACAUGUAUGACCACACGGCCUAUAAACACAGGCGAGAACAGGAGAGACCCACGGAGGACGCACCCAAGGAGAUAAUGAUGUAUUAAUAACAAAAGAGUCCGUUUAAAUCGUUCACCAGGACAGUCUGGAGUCACCUAACGUCAUGAAAAUAACAAAGAUUGUGUAUAAUACAGUAGAAUAUGGAUGUACAGCUUGAAUUCCAACCAUGUUAGGGCAGUAGUUUUAUAAUCUCCAUGUAAUCAUUAGCAUGUAAAUAACUUCAAAUCUAUUUAUUUUAUUUCCAAUUGUAAAAAUACUCUGAUACCACUGAAUGUAUCAUCAGUAGGGCCGGGCAAUAUUUCGACCUGUAUCGAGACACGAGACAAUUUCAAAUAUUAUGUCGUGAUACGGUAUGUGUGAUCACUUUUCCAGGUUUUAAAGCAGAGGUCUCAAACUCAUGCCCCCCUAUUGAUUUAAUGCGGCCCGCCAUUUAAUAUCAAGCUAUAAUGAAUUAUUUCUGUAUGUUUUUGUUAUUGUGAACAGUCUAUCAUUCCAUAAUUAAAACAAAAACUUUUAUUUUGAAAUGUGUGAUAUAAUUCAAAAGAUAAUUGUAAGCUCUUAUCUUCCACCCAUACUAAACUGUUGAGUUUGAGACCCCUGUUUGCACUGAUAAUCAUCACAUUUAUAAUGUAAUGUACAAAUGUAAAUAUCCUUCAUUUAACUUUAAAAAACAAAGCGGUAUUUAAACCAUAGACAGUAGAUAUUUUUAGUAGAAAACUUUGUCCAGAGAAACAACCUGUGUUGCAGUCUGAGUCAGCAGUUUGGGAAUACCUGACAUGGCGACAAAAGUGGUGCAGACUGAAACCAGUGCUCCGCUAGACUGACAGGAGGAGGAAAGUAGCUCCUUUUAAAACAAGCCAUUCAAUAUUAAGUAUUAAUCAUUUAAAUCAAAUUCAAGUCUAUCUGUUCCUAUAUUUCUGCUCACCAAAAAAUUACGAGUCAAUCUCAUAAGUUGUUUAACAUAUCUUGAUGGAAAUACCUGUAAAUAAAAGCUGAAAUAUUGACCUGUUUU